AUGAAAAAAUUGGUAAUUUUCGUUUUUAUUUUAUUAAAAGUGAAAAUAAUUUUUUUAAUUAUUUACUUUAUUUAUUACGAAGGUGGUGUUGGAAAAGUGGUCGAAAUCGAUGAAUCGAAAUUUGGUAGACGUAAAUAUUAUAGGGGUCAUCGAGUAGAGGGGCAGUGGGUUUUUGGUGGAGUAGAGCGGAUAACAGGCAAAUGUUCUUUAGUACCCGUUGAACGUCGUGAUAAGGAGACAUUACUGACAGUAAUAAAAGAGUGGAUUUUGCCCGGUACAUUAAUCAUUAGUGAUUGUUGGAAAAGUUACGACUGUUUAAAAGAUGAGGGUUAUGAACAUUUACGGGUUAACCAUUCAAUUGAAUUUAAAAAUCCCGACACUGGGGCGCACACGAAUAAUAUCGAGGGGAUGUGGCGUCAUGCUAAGGCAUCUUUAAGCCAGUACUCCCGGAAAAAACAUUUUUACGCCGGAUAUUUAGCCAAACACAUGUUUUUGAAGUCUUGCCGAAAUUUGAAUUUGAACCCGCUAAAUGAGUUUUUCCGGUUGGUUUCAUUGUUGUACAACCCAACUACACCGGAAAUAGUUGAUAGUGAAGAACUAUCGACAGAGUCGUCAGAUUCUGAGGAAGUAGAGUCUGAACCGGAGUUUGGAUAUUUCUAA